AUGGUAACGAGAUCAAAAUCAUGGAAGACAAAACAGGAAAAGAAAAACAAACAACCAAGUGACGAAACGGAUAAAAAACAUCAGCACAAUGACGAAACAGACAACAUUUCGAUUGAACAUAUCAAUGCAGAGAUACAUGUACCCCAAAAAGAGGAGGAAAUAGAUAUAAGCGAUUACAACACCGGAAAAGAUGAUAUACAAUACGAGGAGCAAGACAAUUCAGUCGCAUCAUUCCAUACUAAAUUAGAUAGGAAGAAAGAGCAAGACGAGCAGCCCGAUGACAAAGAAACGAAUUUGUCAAGUGCCACAAUAAAACACAAAAUUGGAACAACAAAAAUAAAGCAAGAUCAUGAAGAUAGUUCAGAAAAGUUAUUCCAUCGAACAAUUCAUAACGCAGACCGUAUAGAGAAAGAGCAGUCAUAUGACAGAAAAACGGACCUGUCAAACAUAGCCACUACAAAACAAAGGGAGAAAAAGAAAAAAAAGCAUGAGCGGGAAGAUGGUUCGGUCAAAUUGUAUGAUACCAUACUUGAUGAUUUGAACAAAAUGAAAUAUGAGCGACAAGAGAUGGAUGAUGGAAAGACAAAUAUCAGUGAUCCAACAAAACACAAGAGGAAGAAAAAUAUAAGAAAUCUUGAACCGCAACAUGAUUCAAUCAAGUCCUUAGAAACAACGAUUGACGAUUCAGAGCGUAUAAAUAAUGAGCAGGACAAUGAUGGGAAGACAGACAGGCACGGUGGUCCAAAAACCCAAAAGAAGAAAAAGAAAAGGAAGCUUGAGAAGAAUGAGAGUGCAGAUCCAAUUAGAAAUUUAUCAGACUUAGAGACAGACUUAUUGCACGUUGGCUCCAAAACCCAAAAGAAGAAAAAGAAAAGGAAGCUUGAGAAGAAUGAGAGUGCAGAUCCAAUUAGAAAUUUAUCAGACUUAGAGACAGACUUAUUGCACGUUGGCUCCAAAACCCAAAAGAAGAAAAAGAAAAGGAAGCUUGAGAAGAAUGAGAGUGCAGAUCCAAUUAGAAAUUUAUCAGACUUAGAGACAGACUUAUUGCACGUUGGCUCCAAAACCCAAAAGAAGAAAAAGAAAAGGAAGCUUGAGAAGAAUGAGAGUGCAGAUCCAAUUAGAAAUUUAUCAGACUUAGAGACAGACUUAUUGCACGUCGGCUCAAACACCCAAAAGAAGAAAAAGAAAAAUAAGCUUGAGAAGCAGGAAAUUGCAAACCGAAAUGGAAAUUCAUCAGACAGUGACUCGACAAAAUAG